UUAAAAGGAGUCAAUUAAAGUGUUGGAUCACAAUUUUAAUAGAUUUAGAGCCCAGUUCUUGGCCCAAUAGGGACCCUUCUAGACUCUUCUUUGGAACAAAAACAAAUAAAAAGACCCUAAGGACCUAAUACACAAAAGACCUAGGGACUAAUGGACAAAAUACAUAAAAAAUACACCUAGACCUAGACUCUACAUAUAAAGUAAUGCUUAAAAAACCUGAAAAAAGGGGCUAGAACCUAGAGACCCUAAGCCGCCGUGACCCUGAAAACGAACGACACCCUACUCGCUUCUUCAACCCUUGAACACCCCUAAGCACACACAUACACAAAAGACGAUAGACCAUCAGCAGGCUUCUUCUUCUUUAACCUACAGCACACCAGCGACAAUCCUCAAUUUUUGACCCAAGGCAGCCGCAGCUCGAUCCCUCUUGUUUGAGAAAACUCCCAGCAGCCGUUCCCAUUUAUGGUCCCUAUCUUUCUGCCGCUCCCAUCUCACCCCGCUGCUGGAGUUGGUGGUCGGCUAGUUAGCGGUCUACUGUCAUCACUGCUUCUUCUGCUCCCGUCACAAAAAUCAGUCACCACACCUCCCUUCACAAAAAAACAAUUCCACCUCUUCUUCUGACUUUCGAUUUGAAACCAUGGAAUCCGAUGGAGUUUGACUGAGGUCAUUUUGGUUUCGAGUUUUUCGGUGUCGAUUCGAGUUUUUGUUCGCAGUCCGUUACAUUUUCGAGUACGGAGCAGUGAGACAAUCAUGGUCAAAUUCUGUUUUGAGAUAAUGGUCAAACAACGAGGUAAAAGUGCCAAACAACCUGGCCGAGGUAAUUCCUCCCGGGGAGUGAAGCAACGGAUGGUAAAACUCUCUCCCCAGGAUAGACAAAACAUAAAGGACAUGAGGAAAGCAAUCAAAGUGGUUGAUAUAGCCCUUGACAACUCGGGGAGCGAGUAUGAGCCCUCCCUGGAGAUCUCUUCAGAUUCAGUCCCUCUAUACAUCCUAUAUCCAGAGAACGCCAUACAUAGAGACACUUCCCCAUCUUCCCUCAAUGCUCGAGCCUCAAUCAACAUUUCUUCUAGGUCAUCUGAGGGCUCAGCGGCAGGUAGUGGGGAUGAAUACUCUACCUCUCCCACAGGGUCAGACAACCCCAAGGACAAAAAUUAUAAGCCACCUGCUUCUGCCCUAACCGGCCAGUCUGAAGAGCUGGUUGCUGUAGAGCCCUCCACUGAGCUG